GGAGGAGGACGUGGGUUGAGAAGCGUCGCGUGCUGCUGCGGCUAUAGGUCAUUAAGGCGCGCGGUUUGUUCGUUGCUGAACAGACGCAGAUCGGUGUGUGAAUGAGAGUUCUAGGCGGAGAGAGAGAGAGACGACAAUGAUCCGUAACUGGUGUGUCUGCGUGUGAGAGGAGAGAAGAGGAGCGGGAGUUGGAGAGACAGCGAGAGACAGACAUGGAGGACUCGGAGCCUGGUGGGGAAGACGGUAUGGUCAGCGGCUGGCGGUGGAAUAACCGGAACACCGGAGCUCGAGACCAGGUUCAGCUCAGGCAGAAGAUCCGGGAUUUACCAGGACUGUUGAAACAUGGACUGCACCUACGGAAGAAAAGCCAGUCACCUGAUACCAUCCCAGGACCCAGCACAAGCCCUACUGUUCACAAGUCCUGCUCCCAGAGUUUCCCCUGUGCAGGGCGUGCGGUGAGAAAUGCUUUCCUAUCUAAUGGGCCCUACCCUGCUAAAGACAAGAUUCACCUCGCCAGGAUCAUAAGGCGUAGCUACGUGGGUGUAGACCUGGUUCAGUGGCUGUGUGAGCAGUGUGUGUACGUGCGCUGUCGGAGCAUGGCCGUGCGUGUCUGGCAGGUCUUACUGGAGCUGGGCAUCCUGCUGUCUGUGGACCAGCGCGUGGUGUUUGGGGACUCUAACUCCUACUACCAGUUCAGCUUUGAGGAGUGUGAGUCUGCAGCCUGCGAGUUCUGCGGCCUGGAGAAGGAGGCGUGGCCAGAGGCUGUUAGGCUCCUCCUACAGCUUGUCCCCUACGUCCAGUUCAGAACUGGGUAUGAGGAGGACUCAGAGGGAAACAGAGAUGUCUGUGGGGACAGCUUUCUCCAGAUGAAAGCAUUAGAUAGGCUCACCUCCACGGUGCAGAAUGAGUUGGCUGUUGCUCUCGCCCGCAAGGCUCGCAAAGCCAUGGCAGAGCAGGGUGGCCCAGAGUCACCAGACGCCAUCCCCCGGGAGACACCCACACCCAGCGAUGAGAACACCACGCCCCCCUCCUUACAGCUGGGGGGGGGGUGUUCGCUCCGCGGCAACGUGGGAAGUGUGUGUGUGCGGCCGGAUGGUGUGUGUGGCCGUGAGGAGCUGACCAGACUAGAGCUGGUCCAGAGACUGGCUAAGGACGGCUGCAGACUGCUGCAGAACCAGAACUAUAGAGUACCAGACCACCGCAACCCCACCGGAGAGGUGGUAGGGAGGGUGUGUCUUAAGGAAAGGGGGCGGGAUGUCCUUGUGCUACAGAGAGUGCCAUCAUCAGUGACAUCAUCACCUAAUCCCGCCUCAUCGCCAUCAGGGGGAGGAUCAAGAGAAGAAGAUGGGGAGAAGAGGUAUGUGGUGGUAUCUGGAACACCACUGAAGAUUCUAGAACACCUGCUGAGUGACCUACGACUGGACGACCAGAGAGGAACGCCAGAGAGCAAAGAGUCUGAGAUGCUGCUGGAUGACUUCCUGUUGACGUACCUGGUGUUCAUGACGACCAACGACCUCUGUCAGGCCCUGCUCGGACACUACAGCAGUAAGCGUGUGCGUCAGGAGGAAGGGAAGGAGGCCCUCUAUAGGAAGAGGAAGGUAUUACACCUGGUCUCUCACUGGACACGCCUAUAUAAGGACUUCCUACGAGAGGACGAACACAUCAAGACAUUCAUGAAGACUCUCUCUAGGUGUGUGUUAGAGGAUCUUUAUGAGUUUCCAUCUCUGGGGAAAGACAUGAAGGAGUUCCAGAAGCUUCUACGACGCAGACACACUGUGGAUGAAUGUCCUCCACAGCAAAAGAGUAAACCUAUGUUCCAGCAGCUCAGUUUGAAAGAGAACAGUCUACCGCUCCGUUCCCCUCAGGUUGACACCAAGGAGGUGUUGUGUCGUGUGUAUGUGAGUGCUGACUCCUACCUGUGUGUUUACACACACUCUUUGCUGAGCGUCGCAGAGCUGCUGAGGAUUGUGGGUCAGAAGAUGGACCGACCAGAAGAGGACAUGGUGCUGGUCACACACACGCACACUGGAGAGAGGAGGGUGUUACAGGCUGGUCAGUGUGUGUAUUCUGAGACUCUGACGCCACAGAGCAAACUGAUGGUCUGUCAGAGGGACCUCACACAUAUUAUGGCCCCUCUAACAGACAGUGAGCUGAGUAGGAGAACAGUGAGGUUGCUGGGUAUCAACACCUGGGAUAUGGCUGCUGCUCUCACACAACUGGACUGGAACCUCUUCAACUACAUACACGAGCAGGAGUUGGUGUAUUCCACAAUGAGCUGUAGUACCGGAGGCAGCCACCGGGAGGGGCUGUCUGUAUUACUGCAACGCUGUAACGAGGUCCAGCAGUGGGUCAUGUCUGAGGUCCUGAUGUGUGUGUCGCUCAACAAACGAGUCCAGCUGCUCAAGAAGUUCAUCAAGAUCGCAGCGCACUGUAAGGCCCAGAGGAACCUGAACUCAGCAUUUGCCAUCAUCAUGGGACUAAACACUGCAGCAGUCAGUAGACUCAAUAUAACCUGGGAGAAGGUUCCGGGGAAAUUCAAGAAGAUUUUCUCCGAACUGGAGUUGAUCACAGACCCGUCUCUGAACCAUAAAGCCUACAGAGAUGCCUUCAAGAAGAUGAAGCCUCCUAAGAUCCCUUUCAUGCCCCUGCUGUUGAAAGACAUCACCUUCAUCCACGAGGGAAACAAAACCUUUCAGGACAACCUGGUGAACUUCCAGAAACUGCACAUGAUCGCCGACAUAGUGCGUCUGAUUCGCCACUGCCAAAGCGACCAACUGGGUAACGAGGUGGUGGGCAGCGACAAUCCUGAGGUCAGGGCGAGUGUUCACCACUUACACAUCAUCGACAAUCAACAGACACUCUUUCAACUGUCACACAAACUGGAACCACGCGCCUGAACACACACACUCCCAGAGGAACUUUUGACCUCCACAGAACCACAGAAAAUACACUUCCUGUAUCAAAGGUGCCAUGCGAGCCACUGUCUCUCAGCCAAUCACAGUUCAACAUCCUGAAAUAGCCAGGCAACCACACUUCAGAAGACUGAUUCAGCCAGCCAACCACAGAGCUGCACACUGAGGUGGCGUUCAGACUGAAAAUGAAUAUCUGGCAAAACCUAAAUUCAGAUAGUUUUUCUAUGAGGGUCAAACGUUGACAGAUGAGAAAGCCUUUGAAGAGGACAGGCAGCCAUUCGUUAUUGUUCUGUGGUGAAUACAGUCGUUAAGCUACUCUCCAGUUACUGAGACUGCGUGUUCUGUUUCUGCUCUGAAAUGAACCGUCAGUUUCACUGUAUUGAGGAUCGUCGGUAGAGGAAGCGGUCAUGUGACUGCAGAUAUUAAUGGAUGGUAUAAAUGUACAGUGUGUAUAUAUGGACAGAGUAGACAUACAGUAGAUGUGUACUGUGUGUGUUCAGGCCACAUGGUGAGCCUCUGGAUGUUGCAAAAUGCCCAGAUGGGAAAGAGAUGCCAUAUUCGGUUAUACAGACGCACGGCUUUUCACAUGUCUCCAUAGUAACAACAACAGCCUGGUCCUGCCAUACCAUAAAAGGUCAUAACAUUACACAUUGUUAUUAGAUGUUAUAACAUGGUAUUAUAGAGAGUUAUUAUAUUGUUGUUACACUUUUACUGACUGAAGAGAUUGUUCUGUUAUUUCAAUGCCUGUUACACACAGAUUUCACUAAGCAACGUGGCCUGGGUUCAAUCCCAGCCAAUGCCUGUUACACACAGAUUUCACUAAGCAACGUGGCCUGGGUUCAAUCCCAGCCAAUGCCUGUUACACACAGAUUUCACUAAGCAACGUGGCCUGGGUUCAAUCCCAGCCAAUGCCUGUUACACACAGAUUUCACUAAGCAACGUGGCCUGGGUUCAAUCCCAGCCAAUGCCUGUUACACACAGAUUUCACUAAGCAACGUGGCCUGGGUUCAAUCCCAGCCAAUGCAUUUUACACUGAUCUAGAACAUUACCCCGUUAAGGCUUGGCGCAGUCACACUGACUGAUCUAGAACAUUACUCUGUUAAGGCUUGGCGUAGUCACACUGACUGAUCUAGAACAUUACUCUGUUAAGGCUUGGCGUAGUCACACUGACUGAUCUAGAACAUUACUCUGUUAAGGCUUGGCGUAGUCACACUGACUGAUCUAGAACAUUACUCUGUUAAGGCUUGGCGUGAGUCACACUGACUGAUCUAGAACAUUACUCUGUUAAGGCUUGGCGUAGUCACACUGACUGAUCUAGAACAUUACUCUGUUAAGGCUUGGCGUAGUCACACUGACUGAUCUAGAAC